AUGACAGCAACAAACAACAACAGCAACUUUAUCAUUUCUGAUGAAAAAGUUAUUGAUUCAUUAGCUGAGGAAUUAGUUGUGGCAGAAACUAAAACCCUCAACGAAAGAAUUGGUGAAAACAAGAUUGAUUUACAUAACUACCUCAAACAUGAUGGAGGAAGAGGAAGGAAAACUGGUACAGCUUUAUUAGUAAAUAAAAUUUCAAAUUUAACGAUUAUAGAUGUUGAUAUCAAUAAAUCGUACAAUGAUGAACUUAAAGAAACAGUUAGAAAAGAUAUUUUAUCAAAACUUUCGGAUAAAGAUGUUAUCGUUAAAACCGCUUCAGGAGGUCUUCACAUUUAUUGUAACACUAAUUUCUUCUAUGCAGUUUCGAACAGAAUGAUUAAAUGUUAUUCCUGCAAUGAUUAUGAUAUUGACAUAAUGACUUCUAUGGAUGAUUCAAAGCGUUCAUUAGUGGUUAUGGCUGAAUCAAGAGUUCGCAAGAAUGCAACAGAACCAAUCAAUACAUACUCAUUCAUUCGUGGAAGUUAUGAUUCAACAUUAACUAGAACAGUGAAUGAUAUAUUAAAUGAUUUGAAUAUUAAGGUAAGAGUUGAACAGAAGAACGAAGAAAUAAAGAAUAUCAUGAAUGAAAACAAAGAU